AGCUCGACGUGGUUGGAAGUAUCAGACAACUGCUUGAUCCCCAAACAAAUAAACGCUCUUUAUCCUCUUUGUUUUCUAUUUCUGUUGAGAAAGCAUUGUUGGCACCUGUGGUCUGAACAAAUUUUGAAUCAGUCUCGAAGAGCGUCGCUGGGUGAGCGUUGAUUUUUGUGCUGUGCGGGCAACUGGCGGCCAUCUUUACUGGGGAAGCGAUCGUUACUCGCAAAGCUUGUAAGAACUCUUAAUGAAAGAGGAGUUUCACACACACAGGAGAGCAGAACUACGCUUUUAAGUAUCCAGAAGGGAAUAAUUUCGUAACUUACGUCGAGGGGAGACAACACGAACAGCAGGAAUUCUAUUGGAUGCUCUGUUGGCACUGAGAUGGUAUACCUAGGAGGUUGGGGCAUGUCAGAGCCCGAAAGUGGGGCUCAUCAAGUGCUUUGCCGAGAGCCUGCUACUGAUGAUGAGGUUGCUCUGUUACCAUUGGGAAGUCAGGUUGGAGGACACACAAGGCUGCUGCUGCUGAAUCAGAGUACAAUUUGCAAGCCACUGAACCCAAGAGAACUGGAUUUUUAUCAGAACAUACCACAUGAUAUCCAGAUGUUUGUCCCUAAGUACAAAGGUGUGAUGCAAGCAACCAGUUCCAUAAAGCUGGAUAAAAAGUAUAGUCCAAGUUUCCGAGAGGACCAACGACCAACGAAGAGGAAGAGAGAUGAUGUGUUAAAGAUGAAAGUACAGCGAAAUAGUAGUCCUGAUGAGGCAGUUAAAUUAGAUAGCUGUAAACAGUGCUUUCUGUUGCUGGAAAAUAUAACUUCUCAGUUUGUACAUCCAUGUGUUCUGGACCUAAAAAUGGGUACCAGGCAACAUGGGGAUGAUGCAUCAGCUGAAAAACGUAGCAAGCAGAUGGCUAAAUGUGCUGCAAGUACCUCUGCAUCACUUGGAGUUCGGCUUUGCGGUAUGCAGGUUUACCAGGCUGAUGCAGAUCAGUAUAUUAAACGUGACAAAUACUGGGGGCGUGAGCUUGAUGAAGAAGGCUUCAAAGGUGCCCUAUAUCGCUUCUUCCAUAAUGGGUUCCAUUUGCGAGUUGGCGUGAUACGCAGGGUAUUGACAAGGCUUGCAGAAUUAAGGCGAGCCAUUGAGCAACAAACCAGCUUCCGUUUCUACUCAUGUUCACUUUUGGUUGUAUAUGAGGGAUGUGAGUGGGAACCAGAACCAGAACAUGACAGUUACCUUGAGCUGCCCAGCAGUUGUGAUGAAGUUACACAAGGCUCAUCAUCAGACUGUUGCAGCAUGGAUGCUGAUAUGCCCCUUUCCCUGUCGGAAGCCAGUUCUUCAUCGUGUGAACCAUCAGCACCUUUGCCAGUUCAGAGUUUUGGGGCAGCAGCAGCACGUGGAGCUUCAUCAGGAUUUGUGCCAAUUUCAGAAGACACGGUGUUUCCUGAUGAGAGUGGUGCACACAUGCAACAGAACUCAAAAGUCGAUGUCCGUGUAAUUGACUUUGCACACACAACUUUUGGUCGAAGACAAGGCUCAACAGUUCAUCAGGGACCAGAUUGUGGUUUCUUGACUGGCUUGGAUAGCCUGCGCCGUCUCUUGUUGGAAAUCCUAGCUGAAGGCUAAACCAUUGAUGUAAAAGAAUUAAGUUCACACAGAUCUGGAUAUACACCGUAUAACAAUAAAAAAUUGGGUAGUCUGCUUCCCUCCCUGAAUUUGUUUUUGCAUAUACUUCUGAGUAACAUGAAAAGUGCAUCAAAGUUUCAUUGUGAUUAAUCAUAAUUCUGCUCUUUGAAAUCAGCUUGAUUGGCACUAAUAUCCAGCUCAAACAAGAUUACAUGAAUCAUUUUUGUUUAUUCAGAGCAAAAUUCCGUAUGCUUCUAUUUCAAAAUAUUGACUCUGUUAAGUUUCAGUUCCUUUCUGUGUUACAGUUUCAUUAACUGAGCACUUUCAAUAAGAUGUUGAAAGAGCCCAGAAGUUUUUGCAUCAAAAUGAUGAAUUACACAAAGGCAUUCUUAGCCGUUGUGAAGACUGCACUUCAAGUACUGUCAUAUAAAAAUUAAUGCAAUAAAAUGUAGGUUGUGUUUGUAAUUUUUCAUGCAUUGUGUGGUGAAUGACUUUUAAUGUCCAGUGUCAGUGAAAUCAACUUAGGAUUGCCUUUUAACUACAGCUAAAACUGUAUUGUGUUGUUUAUCUGAUUUACAGUAGUGUCACUUUCUGUUCAUUUGAAUCUCAUUUUAAAUUUGUACUUUACCUCAUGCAGUUAUUUGUUGUUUCGCUGCAGUUAUAUGUUGUUUUGGCUGUUGUCUGAACUUAUCAUAAAAACAUUCCUUUUAUAGAAUGGUGGACACAUUGGUGAAGUUUAAAGUGUUUGACAAUUUCAGGGAACACAUCCAGAAUGAACUUUGUGUUCAGUACUGAGAUUGUAGUGAAGGAAGUUUGGCAGCAUUUUAGCAAUCAAGUGGUUGCAGGAUUGAAAGUGCUUGCAGUGGCUUCUCUUCAGUGUUUAUUCAAGUUUAUCAUUAGCACAAGUGAUCUUGUCAAGUAUGAAAUGGAGCAGCAUGAGAUAUACUGCCAAGAAAUUUUAAAUUUCAUCUGAAACUGUUUCUUUAACUGGACUACAUGUGACUUUGAAGAGUAGCCGUUCCUUCUUCUUCUCCCCCCCCUCCCCCCCCCCCUCCUUAAUUUUAGCUCGACACAGAGUGCUUUCGUGAUGAAACAAUUUCUGUGUGUUUUGUGUGCUACGGAAAGUACUCUUCCUUCUCUGAUAAGAAAAACUGAGAAAUCUGAAGAGAAAUGAGAGCGUCUGUGUCUUCCAUUACACUAAUUGAGUAGGUAUAAGGACUUCCUGUGUCUUGUACAAAUGCUAUACGAAUAUUAAUUUUGAGGUUUUGACAUUUUCACAAAUAAAUGAUCAUGUUCAUUUCUCAUCGUGGUAGGAAUGUUAUUUUGUUUAAGUUUCUUAUAGUCUAUUAGUAACAGGUUAAACUCAUUUUAUGCUUUAUACUGAGGUACUUAACAUGACAAAAGAAAGAAAAUUUUAUUACAUUGUGCAGGUAAAUUGCUUCAAAUAGUAAACAUUUAUUCAGAUAAGAAAGACAUCACAUAAAAUGGGCUCAAAACAGCACAUCCAAAACGUUAUUGGAAAUAUCAUUGGGCAUAUUAUUACAUGUCCUACAGAAUAUAGUCCUUGGCAAAACUGUGUAGCCUACUUUUCUGUAGUAUGAAAAAAGUUUCUUUUGUUCAUGUAUCAGGGCAGUAGGGAGAAAUUACCAUUGACUUCAGUACAGUAUUUGUGGUUCAUGCCUUUUGGUGUAAUAAUGAUAUAAAAAGAUAUAGUAUAGAUGCAGUUUUCAUCCUGUACUUGUUUACAAAAUAAAAAACAUUAAAUAUAUCACAGUUAUCUCUUACAAGGUAUGCCAUUGUGACAUGUAUAUAGUUUAUUAGCAUUAGCAUUGGGUUGACAUCAGACAAGACUCUGCAAAUGGCAUGCCUAAGAGCUUCAUAACUGUUAUGACCACAGACUGCUCCCGUAAAUUCAUACUUCAGGAAUUUUCUAUGGAUAUUUCUCUCUUCUGUGUCCUGUUAGAUCAAGGUAGACAUUCCUUUUAGUGUGCUGUUUUUGUGCUUAGAACACGAGAGCAUAUAAAGAGUAGAUUUAGCUGAUUAGAAGCUGUACAUAAUACUAUCAGUUAAAGAGCAACCACUUAAAAAAGUCAAGGUGUUGUCUCUCAGAUGUGAAUUAUUGAUGUUUAUUUAUGAUUAGGGAUAUUUUAUGUAUCAAAAACAAAAUGUUGUGAUUAUAAUUGAAAACAAACAAAUUAAUAAUUGCUGGCUAUAUGUGCUAAGUAAUUUAAUGUUUACUAUUUCACCUUCCUUUACUUUUCCCCCUUUGUGACAUCGGAAAUGUCCAGUCUGCUUUUGUUACUGUCAGCCAGUCAAUUUUAAGUUCCUGUCUUGCAGUUUCUUGCCCUAUUAUCACGUCUAAUGUACAAAUCAUUGUUAUUGUGCUUGAAUUAAUUUCUUUAACACUAAAUCAGGAAUUGACAUUUGGGUGUUAUUGAAUGUUAUACACAAAUAAGAUAAACUAGACUGUAGCACUGGAAAUUUCUACUGAACUUUUAUUUGUCUUGUAUUCUAAAAAGAUGUAUGUGCUAAAUUUUACUUAAGUUCAGGAAUUGUUCCUAGUUAUGUGUGUUGGAAGUAUACUAUAUGUGUAAUGUUUCUUAAUAACACUUAGUGUUUUGAACAUCUCUUUUGUGAUCUGAGAACACUUCCUUCAUGAAUUUGCAUUUAUUGUUUGUAGUUAUGAUUUUGAAAUUCUAAAGAGGUUGUAUAGAUUGGUUACUAGAUUAUGUAUAUACAAAUAGUUAACCAGCUGGAUCUGGAACCGCUAUGUUUUCAGAAGGAGCCUUGUUGUGAAUUAUUAUUUUUUUUAAAUCUCGACACAUUUUUGUGUACUGUAUUUACUAAGUACCUUGUGGUGCUUAAAAUUGUAAUGAUCCUUAUACUUGUUUCACUUUAAUCUGACAUACUUGAUUCCCAUAUUGGGACCACAUUUGAUUGUAAAACUGUUUGUGUGCUCAUCGCUGAAAUAAUGAUAAUAUUAAAUAAUGUCUUUGUGAUACAUGUACUGCAUUUUGUAACUGUCUGUCGUCUACAAAUAUUUGUUUUAUACCUCUUCCCCAUUGUUCCUACAGUAACUCUGUCUCAGUGAAUAAGAUAAAUUAUGCUGCAUUAGCAAUGGCUUUAAGAGACUUUAAGUUUCUCACAGAAGUACUGACUAGUGGUAGUAUACACAUCUUUUUCAUUAUUGUACUAUUAUAAAAUCUUAUCCUUUAUAAUGCUGUAUAUAUGAUGUAAUGGGCAUUAACCAGUGAUAAUGCAUUGGUCAUGCUGUGAGAAAUGUUUGCUGACUGUAACCUGUUUAUGGGCACCAUUCGUUGUAAAAACAGGAUAAAAGAAAGAGCCACAGCUUGUUCCCAUUUCCCACCUAUGAAACAGAAGUCACUAAUCAUUUUCUUCCUCUGCAACAGAGUAUAGACAGAGAGAUAUAAUGUUAAUCAAUUUCUCAAAUGACUAGUGUUUACCUUCAAAAUUGCGUUACCACACUAAAUUUUUAAUGCUGCUGUUAUCAGAACAUGAAUUCUUAAUAUGUUUUUAGAAACAGGAUAUUAAAUUUGUCUGUGUUAGCAUUCUAUAAAAAAAAACUUGAUUAGUGGUAGUUAAGUAAUUUAGUAUCCCAUAUUGGUUUGUUUUCUCUCUUUUAAAACUUUUGAUAUAUUUUGGAGGAAAAAGCUGCACGUUAUCCAAUCUUCUGAACCAGAGGAAUUUGAGGAAAUAUAUCUAGUGCUGUGAUAUUUUACUGCUACAUCAAAUAGUGAUAAACAACUGAGCACAUUUGUAAUGGUCACUGUCAUGAUUUUUACCCUGGACAAUAAUGUGCACUUUUUUAUUUUUAAAUUUGCUGAUUGUUAGAGUAAAUUAACUGUAAUAGUUGAGUUAAAUUUUUUUCAAGACCAAAUAAUACAAAAGUGUUAGUUGCAGAUUCAAACAAAUUUGAUGUGAUAGCUGUUUUUCUUCAAGGAACAGAUAACAAAUCAUGUUGAUGUCCCAGAAACAUGAACAUUGUUAUGAAGAUCGUUAUUUUUCUUUGUCCAGAUAUGAUUUUUGAAACUUUUAAUAUAUGAUUUCAAUCAUUUAUUGUUACAUGUGUACACAUUAUACAUGCUUCUGAUGCACUGCUUGUCUGAUCUAUAAUUCUAGAAUUUAGCUAAUUAAGUCAUUACAUUCUCAAAUUGAAACAUGAAAGAAUAUGACCACUAUUGCAGGCCACUGUCCAAUAUAAUGGACAUUAUUCUAAAAUAAAGCAUUAUAUAAAAAAUUGUGAGCCCAAAAACGUGUGUUACAGUUUCAAACUAUGUGACAGUUGUUAUGGUAUAAUAUAAUAAGCCUACAUAAAGUUUCUUUUUCAAAGACUCAAAUCUGGAGCAGUGGCUGUUUCUUUUUCUUCUUCUUUUUAUCUGUGCCCAAACUGUAUUUGUGGUCACAUAUCUUGCCGCCCAAUUGCAGUUCUUUGCAUUUAAUCACUUUGUUCAUGUUGUGCAAUGCAAAGAGGAUUGACUGCAUUUGGAAGGCCUGUGUGCUUGUACCUGCCUACUUUAAGGUAAAUUAUUGUACAUAUAAUUUAAUUUGUGUAUUACAGUCUUGUGUCUGUCCAGUGGAAUGAAUUAAAAGCAAUACAAUAUUUUUCAAAGGUU